AAUGGCGAAAUUCAUACUAUGCAGCCUCUUCGUAUUCCUCUUAAUUGUGCAAACAUCCCCACUAACAUUCCAGGCAGUUAUAGAAAAUGAGAUCAAAAGACUCAAUGAUACCAGUUAUCAAAAUCUAUUACUGGGAAGAAGCAGCUCUGUAUCCGCUAAGAUAGCGAGAGAGGAGUGGAGGGUUCUUAAAGAAAAAAUAAACGAGCAGCUCGCUAGUCAAAACAAGACACUUGACAACUACGUCGUUUGUAUAUCUGGAUUUGUGACAUCGGAUUACAAUGCAUCUGUCUAUCGAGAUCUGCUGAUCAAAUUCGAAGAAAUACAAAAAGAAUAUUGGGAAUACUUCAAAGGUUACAAGCAAUUGGUUACAAUGUAUCAAAACAAAUUAAACAGAAAUGAAGGAGAACGUCUGCUUCCGAAGUACCAGAAGUGUGACAAACUUCUCCCUAUUAAGAAGAAUAAAGGUAAUUCAAUUUUAAUAAAUGUGUAGAACUAAGACACUCUGAUAGUAUAUCAUCCCACAUUUAUGUGUCUUUCAGACAUAUCACACAAUGAAAUAGUUUUAUUCACUAGUUGGCAUUUCGGAAACAAUUAUUUGCUCAUAAUCAUGUCAACUGUGUUUGAAACGUGAUAUAUCCAAUAAAAGAUUUAAUAUGGAAAUUUAAUUUUAAUGCUGAGUUAACCAGCCAAUUAAAUAUUUCACACAACUGAUUUAACAAUAAUUCUGGACAUCAACUUUCAAAUGCUAAUGGAUCAUUUUAGUGUGAUUACGUAGGUAGCAUGAGAAAAGAAGAAGUAUUAGUUGAGGGAAAAAACUUCCUUAAAAUCUCUGCUGUUAGAAUCAUUUCUAAAUAUUCAUCAGGUCAUUCCUGACUACAUUAAACAUUGAAUCCAUAAGAUGAUAUAGUUUGAUUUCUUCCUGUCGAUGUGAACAUUUGUUGAAAUGAAGCUGUGACAAGCCGAUGGAGUGAAAGGAUCAGAUAGUUAAUUAACCACACAAUGACGACGAAUAAAUGUUACACAGUCAGCUAUAUCAUUGCUACUUUGAUAGUGUUCACUCAUGUUAUCCACGAAUUGAUUUUGUGCUGAAUUCACCACCAAUAUAUUUUAGCAAUCAGUGAAAUCAGAGAACU